UUCAACACAUCAGCAGAGCAGAAGAAGGGGGACCAGAUUCAUUACACUUUUCAUUCGUUCGUCAGUGCAGAAGCAACGUAGUUUGGUGUGGUGCGUGAAAAAGUUAAAUAUUUCGUGAAAUUAGUGCACGUUUGUGUGGAUUUUCCUGUCGCCGACGUUUAAACAACUCAAACUAAACAAAUAUGGAUCAAAUCGCCAAGAUCUACGAGCCGGGCCGUUCCUUCGCCAAGGACUCGAUCCGAUUGAUCAAGCGCUGCACCAAGCCGGACCGUCGCGAGUUCCAGAAGAUUGCCAUCGCCACGGCCAUCGGGUUCUGCAUCAUGGGAUUUAUCGGUUUCUUCGUCAAACUGAUACACAUCCCGAUCAACAACAUCAUCGUCGGAUCGUAAGCCGGAAUUAACCCACGAGGAGCGGUCCUGUGUCGCACCGUAAGGGUCUCAUAGAUUGUGUGACUGAGAGAAGCUGAGCAGCAGGAGGAAAGUUUUUUCAAUCUUCUACAAACAAAAAAAUCGUCAUUCAUGUCAAGUAAUCAGCCACACCCUUCGAUGAACUGUCUUUUUUACAUUAUAAGGAAUCCUACACACUCUUUAGCAUAGAAAAGAAUCGUUUAAUAGUGUGAUGUUUGUGCGGUUGGGGUGAACCCCAGAAAGGUUUGCUACACGUGCAAACGAGAUGCGUUGAGAACCAUUUAAGUAAACACAUUGAUUUAUCGUAUAUCAAGGAAAUGAUAAUAUAACUUAUUGUUUCAUUGUA